AUGGAUACCAUCAACAGCAUAGCCAAGACCGCCGCCAACGCUGUCUGGGGCCCCAACACGACCGAUGGAAAGGAACCCGUUUCUGGCCACCAGGGCGACGUAUCAAAGGGCGAGCCUUAUGACAAGGGCAAUAUUGAAGGAGCUCACUCUUCGGUGAACACGACCGGCGAAUCAACACCAAACACCACAUCUGCGGCCGCCCCAACAAGUGCCGCCGGCAAUACCACUGGACCCUCCACGACCAGUGUCACUGAGGGAUCCAAAGAUGCCGAGUUUGCCAAGACUACCGGUACUGCAGCAGAGUCGAGCGAGGUGCCUGAUAAUGAGCGAACUGAGCUCAAGGCCAAGGACACCCCAUCUGAUACCACUACCGGACAGAAUGAUACCAGAGAUCCCACCAACCCUCAGACCAACCCCAAGAACAACCCUACCGAUGUGGACGACACUGCAGCUGGUCCUACCGAGGGCCAAAAAUUGGACGGCCCUGGACCCAAGCCUUUGGAUGAGGUUGCCAAGGAGCACGGCGGCGAUGCCGGCAACUCAGACGCAGCCCUCACCUCUUCUGAGGGAAAUACUGAAGGCAAGGCUGCCACCGAGUCGGACGACCCCAAUGACCCUCAUGCUCCCAGCAAGGGCGAGGGAACUGGUGAGAAGUACAUCAAGAGUACGGGCAUGGCUGCCGAUGGCGGUGAUUUUGACGCUGCCAAUGCCGGCGCUGGCAGAGAGGCUGAUCGUCUCAUGGAGGAGAAAGGCAUUCACACCUCCAAGGAUGCUCCAAAGGGUGAAGUUGCAGAUGACAAGCACGGUAGCCCAGAAAGCGAGGAGAAGAAGAAGAAGCCUGGUGUUGUACAAAAGAUCAAGGCCAAGCUUUCUCACCACUAA